AUGGCCAGUUGUACAUCCUGCAAGUCAAAGAUUUCAGGCAUGACAACCAACCUGUUCUAUGCGAUCGUCGUGAUUGGCUUGGUCUCCUGUUUACCUUCAGUUUCCGCUUUUGGUUCAGGUAACAUCCCCGACGCGGCUUAUCUCAAGGGAAAGGCCUGGAGACAUGGAGACAUUGAAGACUCCUUGGAAGGUCUUGUCAAAGUCGCGGGCCAGGGCGGGGGUGCAAUUGUCGGUGCGAUUGCUAGUGCUCUCUUGGGAGCAGCUUCAGGCAAGAUCGGGGGUGGAUCUAAAGGAGGGAAAAAGUUUACGGGCUUAGAUGUCAAGAGAGUUUAUUUUGGAAACUGGCUGCGUGAUCUCUCGCAAGUUUGCGAUAUAGCUGGAUUCAAAGCGAUGACUCCGGAAUCGCUGGUCAUAUGCAUUAUGACGAUGGGCUUCUUAAGCUUUGGUUACGCAACCCGUGAAUUCCAGGUGACACGAGAGCGACUUUCAGUUUAUUUACUCACAGAACAUAUUGAUAACCCAAAAGGAUACGCUGAAGGAGAAGAUCCACGAAAAUACGAUCCCCGCCUUCGACCUCCAGUCGAUGAAGCGCGUGAACUCCGAGUCGACGAAAGAAAUGGCAUGAAGAUGUACAUCGCAUCGGAAGACCAAGGAUUCGACACGUCCACAGCUUGUAUUCGCAGAGUGUUCCGACAAUGUAUUGAGCUUGGACGCCAAGCCCGACGAGAAGGAAAUGAAGAGAAGGAAUUUGAAAGUUUCCGCUUGCUUGGUACCGGUCUUCAUACAUUGGAAGACUUUUCUGCUCAUAGUAAUUGGUGCGAGCUAGCCUUGCAAAAGCUUGGUCACAAGCAGGUGUUUGCCCACGUCGGAGAGAAUGUAAAAGUCAACAGUCCCGAUGGUCUAGUACCCCCCUUGGUGACUGGAACAUUCGCUGGAGCUGAUUUUUGCUUUUCGAUGCUUGGCGAGGCUAGCGACAAACUUUCGUCUGCUUCCAUUGCCGAUUUGACUGCGCAAUUAGAUGGUGCCCAAGAUGCAAAUAAGAAGCCUGGGGGUAUCAAUCUGAACGUUAUCAAGUCUUUGCUGAGCAAGCUUCCGUUAGGCGGGGGAAACUCAGACGUCCAGAACGAUUUGGACAAAAUGGAUGAGAAAAAGAAUGCAUUCGAUCUUGAUGGCCGCAUUGAUCAACUAGCACCAGAGGAGCUUCAAGCAAAAAUCUGGGAGCUCUUCAAAGUCCGUGAUAAUUUGAUGCGUCGGAUUGAGGAGCUCAUCCAAGGAAUUCCCGGCCUGAGCUCGAUGUUAGACAAUCUGGCUUUGUCCCUCGCGCAGUGGAUCAUGGUCACAAUUGAUCCCUUCGUGAGACCGAUCCUUCUACAAGCAAGUGCUGCUAUUGGACAAGGGAGUGAGGCCGUCAUCUCAGGCAACGAUCAAUGGACUGUUUUCAACGAUCCCAAUGCUUCGGAUCCCACUCACAGUGUUUUGGCGAAGGACCAUUUCUCGAAUAUUCUCAAUGAUCCUGCCGGAAACGUUUCGGUUAUCAUUGUCAAAUACACUGUUGGUCUGAUGGUCGAGGCUUGGAGCAAUGAUGAAAACCCCGACAGGGUCAUCGAUAGCAUUCUGGAAGCCAUCCAUCACCCCAAUUUCGCUAAUCGAAAUUCCAAGAUUCAGAGGGAAAUGAUAGAGUAUAUGCAAAAAUGGUUGCACGAGAUGGACCGAGAUGAGAGAGAAUUGACUAUCAAUAGCCUGACAAAGGACAGUGUUCGGAACCAUCGGAAUCAGCGCAAAACUACGAAAGGCGGUGUUGAUCCGCGUAUCGAAGGUGGGGCCCCUUCCCAUGGGCAUUCACAUCCUGCCUAUCAGCAAGCUUCUCAGCUCGGAGGUGCCAAUCCGCAAAGUCAAUAUGGGGCCGUUGGCUCUCAGUCUCAAGCUCAACAUAACGCGAGCUAUAAAUCAAGUGGAAUUAGUUCUCAGUCUCAAGGGAAUUACGGUAGCUCCAAUUCCCCAGGUCAUAACAGUUCGCAAUCCAAAGUUUCGUAUGGUCAGUCCCAGGGCCAAUUUGGUAGCGCCCAAUCUGGCUACGGACACCAAAGUUCUGUAAACCAAAGUGCUUAUGGGAUUUCUAAGCAACACGAGAGCGCGUCUGGACGCAACGAAGAAAACUAUGGUCGGUCGGGUCACCACCAGAACCCACAAUCGAGUGGCCACUCCGGAGACAGGACUGAGGUUUAUCCAUCUCGUGGCGAGCGAAACGAUCGAGACAAUUACUCUCCUGGUCGCCUGCACGAGCAGAGUUCUCAUUCGCAAUCCCGUGUCUCGUCGGCCCACGCAGAGCACGGACGCGACAACUACUCCCGAGAUACUGGAAGUUUCGGCGUGUCGCACCAAACCACCCAGGAAAAUAAUUCCGGCAGCUACCAGAUGCCUUCUGCUCGACAUGAAAACGUCAAGCCUAGCUCUGGCCACACUUACCAACGACAAGAUGACUACGCGGUAGGAUCUGGGCAAAGGCAAGAUUAUUCUGGCCAAGUAACUUCCCAAGCCGAGUAUGGCGGCUCACGAACCGCAUUCCCCAAACCUCACCAGGAAACAUCCUACGGCGACCAUAAUGAUCUCGGUAGCGGUAGAAUCGGUUCAGGUUAUGGCUCUGCGCAGAACCGUCGGCAUGGCGAGGAUUCUGAUUCCUAUUCCAACCCUGCCUUUCCGCAAGCCCAUAACAGCGGCAGUCAAUCGACCUACGGGUACAGCGAUGAGCAUACCGGUGGCUCCUAUAACAGUGGUACUGGGUCUGGGCGCCGCAAUGAUUAUGAUGCCAACCCUUCAUUUCCUCAAGCCCAACACAGCGGUUACGAGUCGUCCUACCAAAGCACUGGUGGUCACGCCAAUCAAUCGACAUACGGCACUUAUUCGGGUGGCACUGAACCUGCUCACCACUCUUCAUCCAAUUAUGGAAAUCCCGUUCGCGACGAAGGUAGACGUCAUGAAGACUCGGGUUACAGCCACAGAGGCUCGGAUAAGCAUGCGAAUCGACAUCACCGCAGCGCCAGUAAAGACAGCAAGAGUUCUAACGAUAGUCACGGCAGCAAAAAGAACAAGCAUAAACAUGAUAAGCAUAAAGGAAACAGGUCUCCUGAGCAAAAUCGAGGCUAUCAAUCAGCCUAUCAAGGUGGUCAAGAAGAUCGUUCAUACGAUAGAAACAAUCAAGCGGAUGACUAUGGCGUAGGCCGACUGAACAUGCAAGAUAACUACUCAAGAAGAUAA